UAAAUUGGUGUAAUCAGUACUUGUAAUCAAAUUAAUAGAAAAGAUCAUCAAGGCUUCAAUAUGGGAUUCAUUUUACUGCUUGUGUUAAGUUUUUGUGCUAGUGAGGUGUUAGCGAAUAACGAUAAAGUAGUAGUCUGCUACUAUGGCACAUGGGCGACAUACCGCUGGGGCGUGGGCAAGUUCGACGUGGAAGAUAUAGACCCGUUCCUCUGCACGCAUCUGGUGUACUCCUUCAUUGGCAUCGACGCGCAAGGAACUGCUGUGUCCUUGGAUCCUCACUUGGAUCUGGGAGACGUGAGUUGGACAAGAGAUAACUUCAGGAAAUUCACUUCAUUGAAAGAUAAGAAUCCAAACCUGAAAACACUUCUCGCUGUGGGAGGUUGGAAUGAAGCAUCAGCCAAGUACUCCGUCAUGGCUGCAAAUCCAAACUACCGUCAGAACUUCAUCCAGUCCUCUCUUGCAAUGAUUCAAGAACACAACUUCGAUGGUCUGGACGUAGACUGGGAGUACCCCAACCGAAGAGACACGGUGCACGGAUCAGCUGACAUUGACAACUUCAGCACUCUCCUCAAGGAGUUGAGGGAAGAGUUCGAUAAGCAUGACCUGAUGGUGACAGUCGCUGUGUCUGCCGUCGAAGAAAGGGCUUUGCUGUCAUAUGACGUCCCCGCUGUAGCUAAGUACGUAGACUACGUAGGCGUCAUGGCAUACGACAUGUCCGGGGCAUGGGACCCCGUGACUGGCCACAACGCGCCUCUGCAUAUAAGUGAGGGUGACAGCACUGAAAACGAAGCCGCUUUGUACACUGUUGAGAAUGCUAUCAAGUUCUGGCUUAAAGCAGGAUGUCCUCCCGAGAAGUUAGUGAUGGGGGUUCCAUUCUACGGGCGCACGUUUACCUUGUCUGAUACUAAUGCUAACACCCCAAGGUCGUCUGCCAUCGGAGCUGGUCUCGCUGGUCCGUACACUGCUACCAGUGGAUUUGUUGGGUAUAAUGAGUUCUGUUACCUUCUCAAGACCGAAUCCUGGACUGUCCGGACCGACCAGCUAGCCAAAGUUCCAUACGCCUUCCGUGCCAGCAACUGGGUAUCUUACGAUGACGUUGAAUCCAUCACCACCAAAGUGGAGUACGCUAACAGCUUCAACCUUCGCGGCAUCAUGCUCUGGAGUAUCGAGACUGAUGACUUCCACGGCCUCUGUGGGGAAGGAACAUUCCCUCUGCUGAAAGCUAUCAAUAAAGCGUUAUCAAUAGACUACGUUACAUCAACUCCUGCACCAGGAACUACAGUUUCUUAUUCUUCUUCUGCCUCAACGUCAGAAGCGUCUUCAAGUGAAUCUUCUUCAAGCAGUAGUACUAUUACUUCUACUACAACAACUACAACAUCUACCCCUGGAGGUGGUUCCGAGUCAUCACUAUGCAAGGAAGUCGGCUACAUACCAGACCCGACAGACUGCACUUCGUAUUACGUAUGCAUAGAACAAAUAGACAACAGUCUCCUGCCCAUCAAGUUCCAAUGUCCUGGCAGAUUAUACUGGGAUCAAAACUACUUGAACUGCAACUACGAUUAUUUAGUUGAAUGCAAUGCGUAAAAUAGUAUCAUCCGGUGGAUUAACUGCGCACCUCGCUGGAAUGCGACUCUCCCUCGCACUCACACGCACACAGAUAUGGAUAGAUGCA